GACUGUGACUGAGGUCUGCGUCUGAGACACAUCGUUUUGGUUUUCUGUCUGUCCGUGCGUCGGCAUCGGCAUCGGCACCGAACAACGUCAGUUCGGUUUGCUUACAGCAAAGAAGGAAAAACAUGAUUUUCCCCAAGUCGAUAAAAUUCAGUCAGCACUACUCAGUCGCUAGCGUGUAUUCAUCGGAUUCGGUUGAACAUAAAUUCACUUCGCAUCCAAAAGUGUAUCUUAUUUUUGUCUGUGCCUGUGCCUGAUGGUCUUUUAGCUACAUAUAGAAGAUAUAUUUUUUAACGGUUAUUUAUUUUUAUUCUGUUUGGGUUUUCCUAAGGGAAUUUUCGGUGGGGGAAAAUAAAGAAAUAAGUGAAUAUUAAAGUCACCCAAAUAUACAUAAUCGUGGAUUAUUUUUAAAUUUGAAUACGCCAAAAAUUAGAUACAAUUGUAUCUUUGAGAUAAAUUAUUUUUUAUUAAAUGUUCAAAUCAAACUCAGUGUUCGAAGCUUAAUAAAAUGAAAUGCUUGUGAAAAAUGGUCAUUCAUUUUAGAUAAUUUCAUUAAUAGAUAUUUUUUAUUUCGGCUAAAUAAAAAAACUCGUUUCCAAAGUUGUGAGUAAUGCUUCGAAUUAAGAUGCACUUAAAGCUGCAUCUCGAUCCAAAAUUCUUGCCCUAAGAUUCUCCUUACUGCUAAAGCUAAGAAAAUUGAGUUAUUUACGAAAAUAAAGUGAAUUCAAACUUAAAUACACGAGUAUUGUUCGUUCACAAUCCCAACUUCAAUAUUGGGAGUACCUAUCUUAACAAAAAAUAAAAUACAACACGCAACGCGAAUUCACAAGGCAUGAUCGGCACUUCAAGGAGAUCAAGAAUUUUCAGUUCAGCUGAUGGUGUAUUGCUGGUGCAGCAGCAGCGUGCGUAAACGAAACAAAAAAAUAAAAUAAAACUGAAACAAAAUGAGAAAAAAUGCUUAAAAAUCAACAACAAAAACACACAAAUCCAACAACAACAAAAACGACAACACAAUUAUUCUCCUGCUUUGAUUCAAUAUUCGAUUAAAAUUUAAUUAAAACAAAAUAAAAUAACGAAAAUCCACUCAACAUUAGACGUCAACAAAAACACAAAUUGAAAAUUUCAACUGUCAUCAGUCACCCAAGGGAAUAAUUCACAAUAAAUGAAGAAGCUGUCACAAAGACGUCAAACGUCAAACUUCUAACCAUGACUAAUGUUCUGCACACCACACAAAAAUACCCUGAUGACCACAUUAAAUAUAAUGAACAACAUCUAAUCACCUUGUCAUCAAUUUAAAAAAAGACACCCCCAAAUAUAAAUUCCAUUCCGAAUGAAUCGCUUAAACGACAAUAAUUAACAAACAAAAACACCACCAAAAAAGGAAUGGCCGGUCGGAAAGGGCGUGCCUUUCGAACGCGUAGCUGGUUUCUUCUGAAAGAUUCUGUUAUAUUUGUUCUAGUUAUGUGUCUGCUCCAUAUACAAAUCCAAUUCGUAAAAACUGCAGAUUCUAAAAGUAACACUGAAUACGAUCGAAAACAAAGCGAUGGCAACACUGGUCGAACAAUGGCAGCACUAAAAGCAACAACAAAAACUCCACCACCAUCUCCAUCUCCAGAAACACAAGUAACGCCAGUUAAAACACCGCCGCCAUUGAAUUGGGCCGUCUACCCAGCCAAGGCGGCCAAUAAAAGUAUUAAUAGUAGUAAAAGUAGUAGAAAUAGCACCGUAAGAAUAUUGAAGAACAUCAAAAUAAAAGGUAUGAGUGAAAAUGUGAUACGUGAAAAUAUUAUGCUGCCAUCGUUCGAUUCUGAACGCGAAGCUCAGCUUUUGUACGAAAAGACUUUGCAAGAGUAUCAUGGUGGCGGAGGUGGGGGCGUGGCCGGGGCUGGAGCCGGCAGCCGGAGUGACAAUGCUGUCACCGAUAAAACAACCCCCCAACAAGCGACCACCGAAAGAACUGUGCAUAACAUCUGUGAGUCGUGGAUAGCAAGGAAAUGCCACUGCCAUGGGCGAAUGGACCGCAUAUCUCUUGCAUGCAGGGGCCUGGAUAUGCUGACCGUGCCAUUGGAUAUACCAGCGGAAGUUGUAAAUUUAGACUUAGGAAAUAAUAAUCUUACACACUUAGGAGACAAUUCUUUUUAUAUGGUACCAAAUCUAGAGGAAUUAACUCUAUCUGACAAUAGCCUUUCAGACAUUCACCAGAAUGCAUUUAGUGGUUUAGUUAAAUUGAAACGUUUGUCAUUGCAAAAUUGUGGCCUUAAAGUGAUACCUGGUGAUUCAUUUCAAGGACUUCCAAACUUAAUUUCGCUACAGCUAAAUGGCAAUUCGUUAGCAAGCAUGGAUGCAGAUAGCUUAAAACAUCUACAAAAUCUAAGGACUCUACGUUUAGAGGGAAAUCUUUUCUACAGGAUUCCAACAAAUGCUUUGGCUGGACUUAGAUCACUUGAAGCACUAAACCUUGGAAGUAAUCUUCUGACAAUAAUAACAGAUGAAGAUUUUCCAGUGAUGCCAAACCUUAUUGUUUUACUUUUGAAACGAAACCAAAUUAUGAAAACAUCUCCAGCAGCGUUCACCAACAUAACGGCAUUAAAAGUUUUGGAAUUGGAUGACAAUCUAUUAACCAGUCUACCAGAAGGACUCAAUAAAUUGACUCAUCUCCAAGAGCUUUCCGCUUCAAGCAAUCGUCUCAAAUGGAUCAAUGAGACGGAUCUGCCCAAGAAUCUACACACAAUAGACUUUCGAGCCAAUCCAUUAAAAGGAAUACGUCGUGGUGCGUUCACCUAUAUGCCACGCCUGCGUAAACUGAUCUUAUCGGAUGUUAGAGCUCUGCAAAAUUUUCCCGAUCUUGAUGGUUGUUAUACAUUGGAGGUAUUGAAAUUGGAUCGAGCAGGCUUAACUGCGGUCCCAGAGAAUCUGUGUAAACAAAUUCCAAGGCUAAAGAGUUUAGAACUCAAAACCAAUACUUUAGAGAGAAUUCCUUUGUUGGGGAAUUGCAGAGAACUAAGACUGUUGGACUUAUCGAGCAAUCGAAUUGAGUCACUUACUGGCAGGCCAUUUCAAGGCCUCAAACAGCUGCAUGAUCUUUUGCUGUCAUAUAACAAAAUCAAAGCGAUACCACAAGAUGCUUUUUUAGGAGUCCCCAAGCUUCAACUUUUAGAUUUGGAAGGAAACGAAAUAACUUCGAUUCACGAGAAUGCCUUCUCCCAGUUUGUAGAAUUGGAGGAUCUUAAUUUAGGAAAUAAUAUGUUUCCCAAUCUGCCACCUAAUGGCCUUCAUCGCUUGCUACAUUUGAAAACCUUUAAUAAUCCAAAACUGAAGGAAUUUCCAAAUCCAGAAACAUUUCCCCGCAUUCAAACGCUGGUGUUAUCCUAUGCCUAUCAUUGUUGCCCCUUUUUGCCAUUGGUAGCGAUGUCUGCAACACGGAAGCCUCCCUUGGUGCAAGAAGCUGUCCUUUUUCCUUCGGACUCGGAGUUUGAUAUGAGCUUGUGGAACAGUAGCAUGACUGACAUUUGGCCACAGCUACAUAAUCUCAGUAAAAAAUUUGGCACUCAAAUGACUGAUUUGUGGAACAACUUUGGGCAAGAUUUCAACUACCCCGGCAAUCUGCCCGCUUACGUUGAGGAAUAUUUUGAAGAAGACCAAAACAAUAUUGGUCACAUUCGUCCAUUCGGUUCAGACAUAACUCCGGGAUCAGUACAAUGUCUGCCGAUGCCUGGACCUUUUCUCCCGUGUGCUGAUCUUUUCGACUGGUGGACCUUGAGAUGUGGAGUUUGGAUUGUGUUUCUUUUGGCACUUCUUGGCAAUGGAACUGUUGUCUUUGUUUUGAUAUUUUCCCGAUCGAAAAUGGAUGUUCCGAGAUUUCUGGUAUGCAAUUUAGCUGCUUCGGACUUCUUCAUGGGCAUUUAUCUCGGAAUCCUGGCCAUCGUUGAUGCCUCAACAUUGGGCGAGUUUCGAAUGUUUGCAAUUCCAUGGCAAAUGAGUGUCGUGUGUCAAGUUGCCGGAUUUCUAGCUGUUCUAUCGUCAGAACUGUCAGUUUAUACACUGGCAGUAAUCACAUUGGAACGAAACUACGCUAUAACGCAUGCUAUCCAUCUUAACAAAAGGCUCUCAUUGAAACAGGCCACAUACAUCAUGAUCUUUGGCUGGAUUUUCUCACUUGUCAUGGCAACUCUUCCGUUGAUAGGAGUCUCAGACUACAGGAAGUUCGCCGUUUGCCUACCAUUCGAAACAACAACAGGUAUAGCUAGCCUGAGUUAUGUCAUUGGUCUUAUGUUUAUCAAUGGCUGCGCAUUUCUAACCUUGAUGGGUUGCUAUCUAAAAAUGUACUGGGCAAUCCGGGGGUCACAAGCAUGGAAUACAAACGACUCAAGAAUAGCGAAACGAAUGGCAUUGCUAGUAUUCACCGAUUUCCUCUGCUGGUCCCCGAUUGCUUUCUUCUCCAUUACCGCCAUCUUCGGCCUACAAUUGAUUUCCUUGGAACAAGCUAAGAUCUUCACCGUAUUCAUUCUGCCACUGAAUUCAUGCUGUAAUCCAUUCCUCUAUGCUAUAAUGACGAAACAAUUCAAAAAAGACUGUGUAAUGCUGUGCAAAGCAUUCGAAGAGACUCGCGUCUCGCGGACAGUUGGCCGGUCAGAUCGAACUCCCAAAGAACUUCCGCCACUCUUAUCAACGGCACAUCACCCCCCUGGAUGUCGGUGCCUGCGAAUGCUGCCCAAUGAAAUGCCCACGUGGCAUAAGAUGCCUGUCAAAGCCGAAGGUUCGAGUAUAUGGUCGCGAGCGUGGCAACGGCUUCUUUGCACUAAAACGAAAAAACGAAGAUCGGAGAGCAGGCGUCGAGCAGCAAAUACUGACCCUUACACCUAUCAAUUCUCCGAGAUUAAGAGCAAGAAACAAACCAGAGCCAGUUCAAUUUCUAGUGAGAACUUCUGCUCUUCCAGAUCAAGCAGUUGGCGCAAUGGUCCUCCUUCUGCGCACACAUGUGCCAUUCCAUUGAAAAUGAUGGAACCAAGUGGACGUCGACGUCACUCAGCAUGGUUGAUUACGAGAAAGACUUCUCAGGACUCGAAUCUAUCCAGUUCGAGAAAUGAUUCGUCAGCCUCUGCUACAACAGCAAGUACGUCCACCUUUAGGUUGUCAAGAUCGAGUGCGGGCAGUACCACUCCACUACCUCCAAUAACUGCUCACAACAGUAAAACUUCAUCAACUGCAUCCAAACCACGGCUUGUUCGUCAAGAAGCCGUUCAAGAAGAAGACGAUUCUUCACCACCACGUCUAGGCGUACGAUUUCUUCCAACAAUACCGUCAGCAGCGGAUAGUAGUGUUGCACUCGAAGAAGAUUCCAUCCAGUCCAAUUCUGGAAGUAUAACGAAUUUUUACACCGUUCUAGAACAACAGACCGGUACAACCAAAGCCAUGAUCUCUAGUCCCAAAUAUCCGGCCAAUGAAAGGCCACCAUGAAUGGUAUAAAAUCGAACAGGAAGCCAUAAAAAUGUGCAGUACCGUUUAUGACCGUGAUAUAACUAUUAGUUAAUAUUAUUUGUAAAAAUAAAACACAAUAAAUACAAACACAAACAACAUUAUACACAUAU